AAUGGAUUUGAAUCUUUCUAGAAAUAGAAUACAUUAACUCCAUUGAUGCUUUUUAUCAUUUUAAAUCUAUAGCCUGAACUUGGGUAAAAGUCGCUUGUAGAGGGCAUGGCGAUUUUUCUCGACUCUGUCUGCGAGCAACUUCAGAUAAUAACAAGACCACGUUGUUCACACCAAUGAAUGAGGUAAACAAAACAAGAUGUGAUUUAAAGUAAUAAAGGAAAAUAAACUGUUGAAUUAAUCAUCUGGCCUUGGAGCAAGUGACCACUGUAAAAUACAUUGACAAAAUGAAAAAGUCAUCAGCUAUAAACGAAAAACUUUGCCAAGGCAAGGAUGUUUUUGAACGGAUGAAUUUCUUGUAUCAGGCAAGUUUUCUGUUAUCGUCAAAAAAUAAAGCCCUUGCAUCGUAUUAUGGCUCCAUCAUGACAAGCUGUGCUAAAAAAGCUGUUCUUAGAGUGGAUCACAACUUAAAAAGGACUGUUUGCAGAGCAUGUCAAAGUCCUUUAAUUCCUGGCAAGACAGCCAAGGUACGAUUGAUGCCUAAAAACAAAUUAAUCAAGACUGUGUGUUUGAUAUGUAAAACCAAAAAGCAAAUACCAUAUAAGGGAAAGCAUAAACUGUGGUUUGACCAACCAGAAGCAUUGUUGGAGACAUUUGAAUACAAGCUGAAGAAGAAAACGACUAAUGUGGAAAAAAAUGUUAGCAACGGAGAAUCAAAGGACAGUGAUGCUCCAGAAAGUGCUAAAAAGCAGAAAUUGAAUGAUGGCAAUAAUGCCACUGACAACAAAGCAUCAUGAAUUUUAAGACUGCAUAUAUUUAUUUCAAAAGCAGGAAAAAUGUUAUAUGUUGUACAUACCUUCAAUAUGUUAUGUAAUAAAUAAGUUAUUUUCUAAAAGUUUUA